UUUAAUUACAAAAAAAAUAAAUAUAAAUGAAGUGAAGCGGACGCAGCAACAAAAACAAAGAGAUUGCUACGAACAAAAUGCUACGGGCAAUCGGGAAACGGGACAGGGAUAUCUUUGAAGAGGUUUGGCCGGACAAGCGGAGGAUCGUGCUGAAGCUGCUUCGCCAGGACACUGUGUCGCAGCGUGAGUGGCAGGAUUUGUUCUUCGGCGUGCAUUUUGUAUGCCUGUGGGACGAGAAGGGCGCCGCCAAGAUCUACGACUGCCUGCAGCAGGACAUUGUCGAGUUCAUCGUCCAGGCGCAGAGCCAGGUGCAAGCUCAGCGUGGCGAACAGGCUCUGCUGGCCACCUACAUUGUGGAAUGGCGAAAAUUCUUCACACAGUCCAACUACCUGCCGCUGCCCUUUCGCCAGCUGGAGCAGUCGCCUCAGGUUAAGCCCUCAAGCUCCUCCUCCACCGCGUCUACUUCGGGGGCUAGCACCAGUGCCGCGGCUGCCGCCUCCUGCAGUGGUCAAUCGGGCAGUAGUAGCUCUACGGCCAACAAGGCAGGCGCCUCCACCUCGGCCGCUGCCGCCGCCUCCUCUGGAGCCUCAACUUCUGCCGCCGCCGCCUCAACAUCUGCAUCAACAAGCUCAGCUGCUGCGGCGGCGGCGGCGGCAUCAUCGGGAGGCAGUAGCAGCUCCACCUCCAAGAAGAAUCCCACAGAGGACAGUCCCGUCCGUAAACUAAUGCUGGAUUCGUGGAACAAGCACAUCUUUCACGACAUCAAGCACCGCCUGCAGGAGUCUGCCAUGAAGAUUGUUCACGCAGAGCGGAACGGUGAUGCCUAUGACGCCCAACUGGUGGUGGGCGUUCGCGAAAGCUAUGUUAAUCUCUCCUCGAAUGCUGAGGACAAGCUGGAGAUCUACAGGGAGAACUUCGAGUUGGCCUACUUGAAGGCCACAGCCGAAUUCUAUCGCCUCAAGUCCGCGGAGCAGCAGCAGGAGAACGGAGUGCUGGCGUACAUGAAGUACGCAGAUGCCAAGCUGCGCGAAGAGGAGGUGCGAGCCAAGCGGUAUCUAGAGCCUAGCAGUUUUAGCAUACUCACCUACACGCUGGUCAAGGUGCUAAUUGUUGAUCACCUAAACUCCAUCAUUGCGGAGUGUCCGGCUUUGAUUAGGGAUUAUGAAACGGAGCGCCUGAAUCUCAUGUUCCGACUAAUGGACCGCGUCCUGCACGGCGUCGGUGUAGAAGCAAUGAUGAGUGACCUGCAGCGGCACAUCCAAUCCGCGGGUCUGGCUGAUAUGCUCUCUGCGUCCGAGGUGAUUACCCAAGACUCUGAGAAGUAUGUGGAGCGGCUGCUGGAGCUGUUUAACAAGUUCAGCGACCUGGUGCGCAACGCUUUCAACGAUGAUCCCCGCUUUCUCACCGCCCGUGACAUCGCCUUUAAGACGGUGGUAAACGACACCAGCGUGUUCAAGAUGGAGCUGCCUACGAGCAUAGCCAAUCGAGGAGUUAAGUACACGGCGCCGGAGAGCAAGUGUCCGGAACUGUUAGCCAACUAUUGCGACAUGCUGUUGCGUCGCACACCGCUCAGCAAGCGUCUCACUAGCGAGCAGAUUGACGCACGCCUGCGCGACGUUUUGCUUGUCCUGAAAUACGUGAACAACAAGGACGUCUUUAUGCGUUACCACAAGGUUCACUUGACAAGGCGCCUGAUUCUCGGCACCAGUGCGGAUAGCGAAAAAGAAGAGGACAUUGUUGAGUGGCUGCGCGAGGUGGGCAUGCCAGCGGAUUACGUCAAUCGGCUGGCACGCAUGUUCCAGGACAUAAAGGUCAGUGAGGAUUUGAAUACACAAUUCCGCAGCUCGAUAAGUCGCCACGAUGCUAUAAACAUUAAAAUACUCAAUGCCGGGGCCUGGGCACGCUGCUCGGAGCGCGUGUCAGUGUCGCUUCCCAUUGAACUGGAGGACUAUAUCCCCGAUGUGGAGGAGUUCUACAAGAAGAAGCAUUCCGGCCGCAAGCUGCAGUGGUAUCAUCACAUGAGCAACGGCACCAUCACCUUUGUGAACAACUUCGGUCGCUAUGAUCUGGACGUGACCACCUUCCAAAUGGCCGUACUGUUUGCCUGGAAUCAGCGGCAGCACGACAAGAUCUCCUAUGAGAACCUCCGCUUGGCCACCGAAUUGCCAGAUCCCGAACUGAGACGAACGCUGUGGUCGCUGGUGGCCUUUCCCAAAAUCAAAAAGCAAAUACUGCUGAUGGAGCCAACGGCAAUUAACUCGCCCAAGGAUUUUGCUGAAAACACAAUGUUCUAUAUCAAUCAGGAAUUCGCAAUCGUCAAGAAUGGCAAAUCACAACGGCGUGGAAAGCUCAACCUGAUUGGGCGCCUGCAACUAAGCACGGAACGGUCGCAGCAGGAGGACAAUCAGUCUAUUGUGCAGCUACGCAUCCUCCGAACCCAGGAGGCCAUUAUCAAGAUUAUGAAGGUGCGCAAGCGGAUGAACAACGCAGCGCUGCAGGGCGAACUUAUCGAUAUACUGAAGAACAUGUUCCUGCCGUCCAAGAAGAUGAUCAAGGAGCAGCUGGAGUGGCUUAUAGAGCACAAGUACAUGAGGCGCGACGACGACGACAUCAACAUGUUCAUCUAUGUGGCCUAGGAUGUUUGCUAUCCCAGAUGCUGCUCCAGGUUCCAGGCUCUAGUCUCAGUCCCCGUCUAAGCAAUCAUUCCCAAUAUCCAUUUCCAUUCCCCUCACACGUCGUCGUUGCGGCGAUUUUAAUCUCAAUGCCGAGACGUGCUCAAAGCACGCACGCAACCUAUAUUUCUAACUGUGGAAUUGGAUCAAUUGUAUUAUAUAAUGGAAUCGAGAUUCGAGCUGCUGACAUUGCGUCCUCAGAGCAUUUAUAUCGGCAGGCAUUUCAGUCCGGCGCCCGCUUUUCACAUCUCCUCCACGUCUGUAUUCAUAUCUGUAUUCAUAUUUUGUGAAAUCUUUGUAUUUUUAUAUUCGGCCCAACUAGCUCCAUUGGCUUUUAAGGCGUAGAUCUAGGUAUUAUGUUUCGUGCGAUUAAGUGCACCCCCAAAAGGCCCCUGGAAAUUUUGUGCCCAUGCCCGCACCCUGCCCCUUGAAUAUUUAUCGAUCGAUAGCGUUAAUCUAAUCAACUUGCUGUUUUCUUCGUGUGUAGUUCGUCUCCCUUGUUUGUUUCCGUUGCAUGGUCGUCUUCUGUUGAUUCUUGGGUAUUUUUGCAAUGUUCUGCGUAAGACGACGCACUCAGUCACAUAGGGAAAUAAGCCUCCCGAGGUCCGGUCCUCUCCCAGCAUGGAAUGCAUAAACACUCACACGCAAACACUCACAAUACACAAACACGCGAUCGCUAAACAACCACAACUAAAAUAUAGCAAUACUUUACAUUUUAAGUUAAUGAAUAAACUUGGUUCUACUCAGAUAAUGAAAGCGAA